UUGAGGCUUGAGGUUUUAUUCGUUUGCAAUAUCUGAGAUCAAUGCAUAAUAUGUCAAGGUAUGUUUUUGGCGCUAUAUUUAUAUGAAUAUUUCACAGACCGACAUCAUAGAUUGAAGUAGUAACGACUGAAAAACUUCUUCGAAUAGAAGCGGUGUUUUUCGAAAAUGGAUAUAAUCUUGUCUCGUGGACUGAGGUAUAGCUUCGAAUCAGGCAAUAUUUCGUUUUUAACGAAAUAUCUCCCACUGUCCACAUGUUACACGUGUCAUGUCAAUACAACACGUUGGAAGUCAACAUUUCCUGAAAGGCAUCAUCGUUGCAGGACUGUGUCAUGUAAUUCUUUAGGCCUCGUAAAUAGUGUACUCGCGUAUCAAAAAUCAUUGAGGCAAGACGUGAAUAAAAAUAGUUUGGCUUUAGUAUAUUAUUCGGAUGGUAAGCAAAGUUCCAAGGAUGACUGCCAAAAAUCUCAGGCGGAACAGAAAGUAUCAGUAUUUCAAAAAAUGAAACAAAUGACCAAAGAUUAUUGGCAUAUAUUAAUCCCUGUUCACAUAAUUACUUCUAUAGGAUGGGUAGCUAUAUUCUACAUUGCUAUUAGGAACGGUGUGGAUAUAGCACAGAUGUUGGAAUACAUGAAUUUUAGUGAAAAAUAUGUAGAUUUAGUACGUAAUUCUAGUGCGGGUAAUUGGGCUAUUACUUAUGCACUUUAUAAGAUAUUUACUCCACUGAGAUACACUGUUACUGUUGGAGGAACAACAAUGGCCAUUAGACAUCUCAAUAAAUUAGGCUACGGAAAAGCACCAUCAUUCUUUAAACGUCAAUCAGCAGAGCCUGCGCGCAAGAUUAUGAGUAGGUUACCGAUUAAAUUCAAAUAUAUUGUGCUGAUCUCUGUUGCUUUUGUCCUGUGCGAAGUAUUCUUGUCGCGUGAUUAAUAUAUUAUAGAUGUCGUUUUUCUAUUAAAGAUGGGAGAUUUCUCUCCGUAAUUGUUUUUAAUCGUGUUGUAGCCAGUACAGUCAAACAAAUGUGCAGCAGAACACAAGACAAAAUUCAAGGCAGAGUGUAAAACGGACCGACAUACGGAACCGCCAAAACCAUAAAUAUUUUAUCCGCACUAUGUCGGAUUUACGAAUUUGGUCGGGCAAUAGCUUGGGAAUUAAUUAUCGCGCGCGAUAUCG